GGCUACUGUGCGCCGCGUGCACCAGCCACCAGUGCGUCAGCGUGCAUCGUGUGUGUAUGCAUGUGCGAGAGCGCGGCGUGGGCGCUCACGAACGACGCAGUAGGCCGCAGGUGACCCGUCCGCAGCGUGCACGUGUGUCGAUCGGCGACGACGAGCCCGAGAUCAGCGGAGUCGCGACGGAACAUGGCAGCUAAGAUGCAGCUCCCGUUCGAGCCACCGAGCUCGGCGAGCUCCGAGAGUCGCCGAAAUGUUUUCAGCGACGACGGCGACGUGUGCUUGGACGACCGCGAGAUCUUUCUCGCCGACGAGCUGUGCGAGGAUGCCGAGCAUUACAGGCACUCCGACGUCAGCACGCCGCAAUCCCCGAGGCCGCCGUCCACAGGCUCGCAGAAGUCACCACGGUCACGCAGGCAGCGCACUACUAGCAUGUCACAGUCGAGCAAGAAGACGUCUGCGGAAUCCAUUCUCAGGAGCAAAACGCGAACCAUUUACACAGCUGGUAGACCUCCUUGGUAUAAUUCAGCUGGUCAACAAGUGGAACCUUUUGUAAUUGGUAUCUGCGGAGGCAGCGCUUCUGGGAAGACAACAGUGGCGACUAAAAUUAUAGAAUCUCUAAACGUACCGUGGGUGACCCUUCUCAGCAUGGACUCCUUUUAUAAAGUAUUAAACGAGAAGCAGCACGAAAUGGCUGCGCACAACGAGUAUAACUUUGAUCAUCCCGACGGAUUCGAUUUCGAACUUCUCAAGACUACGCUGCAGCGUUUGAAGGAAGGGCGCAUGGUGGAAGUUCCUAUUUAUAAUUUUGUAACGCAUCGUAGAGAAAGUAGAACGAAAACCAUGUACGGCGCCAACGUCAUUAUCUUCGAGGGGAUACUUACAUUUUACAAUACGGACGUCUUGAAGCUGUGCGAUAUGAAAAUUUUCGUCGAUACUGAUGCGGACGUCAGACUGGCCAGGCGUUUACGAAGGGACAUUUCCCAAAGAGGCAGAGAUCUGGAAGGUGUAUUGAAACAGUAUAGUAAGCAUGUGCAGCCGGCUUUUUAUUAUUACAUAGCGCCCCUUAUGGUCCAUGCGGAUAUCAUCGUGCCACGCGGAGGAGAGAACGAAGUGGCGAUAGAACUGAUCGUACAACACGUUCAUACUCAGCUUCAAUUGAGAGGCUUUAAGUUGAGGGAGAAAUUAGCGCACUCGUACAUCGGUCAACCGUUGCCUUCGUCUUUGUACUUACUUCCAGACACGCCACAGAUAAAGGGUCUUCAUACAUUUAUACGAAAUAAGGACACUUAUAGAGAUGAAUUUAUUUUUUACUCUAAGCGCUUGAUCCGUCUAGUCAUCGAAUAUGCGUUGUCGCUGCUGCCUUUUGAGGACGUAAUUGUCGAGACACCGCAAGGGGUGUUGUACAGUGGCAAGCGAGGUGCAACGGACAAGAUAUGCGGCGUAUCGAUAUUGCGCGCCGGUGAGACUAUGGAGCAGGCUGUUCGCGACGUGUGCAAGGACAUACGCAUAGGAAAAAUUCUUAUCCAGACUAAUCAGCAGACCGGCGAGCCCGAAUUGUAUUACCUUCGAUUACCAAAGGACAUCAAAGACUACAGGGUAAUAUUGAUGGAUGCGACUGUUGCGACUGGUGCUGCCGCUAUAAUGGCGAUCAGGGUCCUUCUGGAUCACGACGUCGCUGAGGAAAAUGUGCUGCUGGCGUCACUGCUGAUGGCCGAAUCCGGCGUACAUUCGAUUGCGUAUGCCUUUCCGCGAGUGAAAAUCGUUACCUCCGCGUUGGAUCCCGAGAUAAAUGAGAAGUUCUAUGUACUGCCGGGUAUCGGCAAUUUUGGCGACAGAUACUUUGGCACUGAGCCAUCUGAUGAUUAAGUUAUCGGUUUUACCUUGAAUCCAAGGAACUGUUAUCUCUAGAGAUGUUCUUAUCGCGAACCAGCCGGAUAUCGUGCUCCCAGAACCGACGCAGUUCCGGUGUGGACGUGUACGGUGCGGCCACCUCUUUAAUCUGCGGUUACGAACGGAUGAUUACGGUGAAAAUAAAAAUAACGUACACGCGA